GUAGGAUUGAACCUGCGCGGAGUCAUAACGAAGUGGGAGGAGCGGUCGAGGCGACUGAAAAUUUUGCGUGUCGAAAGGUUUCGAUAGUCGGGGCAGUCAGUAGAGAUGUGGCUUGCGCUAAAUGUUGUCGGGAAAGGGGUGAACCCGGGUGCGGAAACAGCACUGGUGGGGCUGUCAGACGAGGUCAAGCUCCAGCGAGUCCUAAGAUAUGUCCUUCAUAGCCACCAUCAGGAAGUGGGCAAGGUCGUGGAUGCCGCCAAUGGUAGUUGGGCGAGGUUCAGGGACAUGAUGCAGAGAAAGUACAGGUUGGGGGAUGGCUUGUUAACCAUGGCGGAUUUGGAGGCCAUGAACAAGGAUGACUUUUCCACGAUUGGGGCGUUUGUGCACGAGUUUAAAAGGAAGGCGCGAAAGGUGCACGGGAUCUCCGAAGAAACGCAGUGUGCCAUAUUUUUGGGUCUGCCUACUGGCUCGGAGGCCUCGAAGCUGACGGGUCACGGAGGGGGAAAUGAGAAACUCACCUGGGCCACUAUCGACAAAGGGGUGGAAGAGGGGAACCUGGACCAGGUGGAGCAGCACCAGAUGCGGCUGCAAAGGCGCAAGAGAAAUGAAAGGGACGCCACCGCGUCCGGGACCCCAGGGGUGAAGAGGAUCGUCACGGACGUAUUGGCAGCGCUGGGGUAUGACAAUGAGGUGGAAGUGCAGAAGAGGGGGGUGACCGUGGCCCAAGGCCGGGCGUUGGGGCCAGUGGAAGAGGAGGCUAGGCGCGAGGACUAUGGCAGAGAAGAGACGGGCUCCCAGAUUCUAACCAAGGCCCAGAGGAAGCAGCGGAAUUUACAAGUGGGGGGUCAAGGAUCCGGAAAAGGGCAGGUCCCGCAAACGAUUGCUGCGCCGCCACCUGCAGCCACGACAACGUCAGCGACGGCCGGGCCGUCAUGUAUGGGGCCGGCGCCAGCUUGUGGGCACUGGGUGCCGCAUGAGAAGGAAGAGCCGACCGUAAGAGUCGAGGAGAUUGUAGGGGAUAGUGAAGAGGUCACUCAGCGACUAAAGACGGGGACUAUAAAGGAGGAGCCAAUAGUCGUCGAAUCGGAUGACGAGGGGCAGGAAGGCGAAGGAGAGCCGACCAUAGUCCUCCUGGGGAGGAUGGAAGAUCUGCUGGAAAAUGUGGGAAACCAAGAGCCCAUUCAGGCACCCUCUCGAAAGGAGCCGGAGCCAGAACGCAGGAAAGAGGUGGUGGAGGUCCCGGAGGAAGAGGAAGAGGAUGACGAUAAAGAGGAUGAGAGGCUCCGACAAAAGGAGGAUCAGAGGGCGGAGCUGAGGGCCAAAAAGAGAGGAGCCCGGGAGGAGGUCGAGCCAAGCCUACCUGACAGUGUACGUAAGAGGAAGAAGUACGCGGUCCGGAUGGAGGAAGGUUUUGAUGUGGAACGGAUGGUGGACAAGCUCCUGGAAGGCCAUAAUGACUUAAUGAACCUGAAGGAUAUCCUGGCGUCGGCGCCGAGGCUCCGUGGGGAGUUGAAAGGGCGACUCUCGCGAAGGCUUACGGUCCUGCCUAGAGAGGUGGAGUGGACUGAGGCAGGGACAAGGAUGAAUUGGAAGUAUGUGGCGUGCGGGCAGGUGGAUUUGGUGAUAAGAAACCAGAAGUGUACUGGGAUGGUAGACACGGGCGCAGAGAUGAACAUCAUCAGGGAGAAGGAGGCAGUGAUGAUAGGCAUGGAGAUCGACCACUCGGACCAUGGUAUGCUGCACGACGCUAACUGCAAGGCCGCCUUUUGCGGCACAGCGUCAAAUGUGAUUAUAGAGAUUGGGAAGGUGCGAGCCAGGACCUGCUUUUUCGUUAUGCCUGAUGUCGAUCACCCCAUCCUUCUGGGGCGGUCGUUCCUGUGCCGAACGAAAAUGUUGAUCUUCAACAAGCACGACGGAACAAUGAUCCUGCUCCUGUGCGACCCGACGUGUGGGAAUUAUGAAGUUAUCACCUGCCGGAACAUGGGACCGGGGAGCGGGAGGAAUAGGCCCAAUCUAGGCUCGUUCACCUUUGAGGAGUCAGAGAACGAGCAGAGACGGCUCUGGGAAGUGCCCGAGGAGGAGGAUAAGGCUGAGGUGCUGAGACUGAGCCUCACAGAUGUGAAUAAGGCCAUGGAGGUGGUGUCGGCUCAUGACAUGGCGGAUCCGGAGGCCAUUAAGGCAUUGAGGGAGCAGGUUUUGGAGAACCCUCAAGUGGGAGAGGUGGAGUUGGUGUAUCGGUUUCCAGGAGGGGGAGGAGGCCCUGCAAUGGCCCAGGCCCGAACGACAAAUAAGAAGUGCCGCCCAGUUCCCGUGCUCGUCACGGAGGAUGAGGAAGCCUACUACGAGCGGGAACGAGGAUUGAUACGGUGUAUGCGGGAGCACGCGUUGGCCGUGCCGUGCCGUAUCAACGACGAGAAUGAGGGGAAGUUGAUAAUCGGGAAGCCCAACUUCCUGUCGCCCCAGGAAAGAGCGUUGAUGCUGGGGAUGAUGAAGGAAAGGCACCGCGCGUAUGCUUUCAAUAAUGAUGAGCGUAGGAGGCUGGAUGUGGACAAGAUCCUGAUGAUACGAAUCCACACCGUUCUGCACGAGCCAUGGAAUUUAAGGGGCGCGCGGUACCCCAAUCUGGACGAGGAAAAGAUGGUGGUGGACUACCUGGACGGCAAGAUGCGGAUGCAUGUGGCCGAUUAUUCCAGUGGGCCGUACGCGUCGCCUUGGUUUUGUUUUAUUAAACCAAAUGGGACGCUAAGGUGGGUGCAAGACUUGCAACGGCUAAAUGCGGUGAUAGUGCGGGACGCAGGAGGAUUGCCGAACGCGGACGCAUUGUCAGAAUCGUGCGCAGGGAGGCCUAUAAUUUCGCUUAUAGACCUCUACUCGGGGUAUGACCAAUUCCCUGUAUACCAGCCAGAUAGGCCCGUAACGGCAAUGCACACUCCCAAAGGGCUGAUUCAUAUGAACGUGGCGCCUCAAGGUUGGACGAAUGCAGUGGCGAUGGUGCAAAGGCAUAUGAUCAGAGUCAUGCAGACGGUCAGCCCACAUAUCACUCAGCCAUAUAUCGAUGACCUGCCGGUCAAAGGUCCGAAGGAGAAGGAGGAAGAUGAAGUGAUGCCCAGUGUACGGCGCUUUGUCUGGAAGCAUAUCCAAGACAUCGAUCAGGUUCUGGGGUUAUUGGAGGAACAUAACCUGACGGCGAGCGGCCCCAAGAGGCUCAUCUUGAGGGUGGACCCUACUGCACUGGCGUGUUCCCUGAAGAAUUAUACUCCAUCUGACCCAACCGUCGCAAGAUGGUUGACCUUUAAUUUCGAGUUGGAAAGGAUCCCAGGGAACAAGAACAGGGCAGAUGGGUUAAGCCGCAUCAACUGGGACGGAUCGGACGAGGAAUCGAUAGAAGACACACCGCCAGUUGAUGGGUUUCUGGAUCAAAAGGAGGACGUUCGCCUGCACAUAAACGAAUGGUCCUUGCGAGUGCCCAGUUGUGUCAGCCACCCCAUAUGGUUGGCAACAAAGGGGUACGAGCAGAAGGAAGGGUUAGUCCUCAAACCCUUUCAGGAGGAGGAUCCGUGGGGAAGUAAGGAUGUUGGUUGGAUGAUGAAGUUGGCGUUGGCAGGUACGCACAAUCUGGUGGAGGAAGUGAGGACAAUAGAGGAAGGCCCCGCUCAGGUAGAGGAGCAUGAGCAGCUAAUGGGAGGGAUGUACCUGCUCACCAAUACGCUCCUGCAGGGAGACUUCGAUCGGAAGGGCUCAUUCAGUCAAGAGGAGGAUGAGAUUCUGGUUCCUGAAAGCCUAGAUGACGAAUUCGAGGAAGGAGAAAUCAAGGAGGCGUUUCGGGCGGAGGAGUACGAUGGGAUCUACAUGGAAUUGGGGUUGCUCCUAUCAUGUGAGAUGAGGGAUAGAGAUGCAAGUGCCAAGGCACAGAAGAUGAGGCACCUCUAUGUGGUAAGGGACGGCCACUUGUUUAUAAAGCGGCAGGUCGGGAACCCCAGGAGGAUCGUAUGUGGGAGAGACCGACAAAUUGAUAUCAUAGCGGCCCUACACGAUGGUAUAGCAGGGGGGCACAGAGGGGCCUUGGCACAGCGAGAUGGGCCAGCAGAGGCCGCCCAGGUGGUGGAGCCAGUUCAGGCCGCGGGGCCAGCUCAGGCGGUGGAGCUACCCCCUACCUAUGGACUCGAGCAGGUGGAGUUUCACCGAAUCACGGGCAGUGAUCUACGGGGCCCGUCGCUGACGUUACCAGAGGGGGGAGAGACAGUGUCGUUGAGGAUGCCGCUCGACAGGUUGGAGGCUCAUCUCGACGCGUCUCAGUGGGGGGCGUCACAGCUGGAAGCGGACGAGAGUGGACCGGCACGGUAUGAGCCAGUAGAGGAUGAGCCAGAGGAGGAACCACAUGAGCCGGGGCCAGAGACGGGGUCUCGCGAACCCGAGGAGUCGCAGACUGAGGGGGUUAUCACUGUUGAAAAUGAUACCCCUCCUCCUGCCCCGAUUCCGGAACAGGCACGGCAGUAUUGGCCUGAAGGAAUUCCUGAGCCGGACAGCGAGGAAAUGUUGGGGCCUCCAUCGGAAACUACUAUGCCACCUCCGACGCAGGCGGAGCCAGAGGAGGGCGAGAGAGCGAGGACACCUACUACUAUGGUACGCCUCGAGGAGUUAUACCAGGAAAAACUCAGGAUGGAGGCCGCAGGAGAAGCGCCAAAGCCGCCAAUUGACCUUCCGACGAGCGAGCAGAGGAUUAGCGAGGCUUGGGCCAGCUAUGAGGGUGAGAGAGAUGCUGCUCGCCUGAGGUUACGGGAGGCAGGACAGGAGAAUGUGAGGGUGGGCGAGGCACAAGAAACAGAGGACUUGGGAUUUUCAGCCGCCAGGAUGGAGAUUGAGCGUGCAGAUAAGAGGAUAGGUGAGGUGGCGGUCUCGUCCUUCCAACGAUACUCCAUGCUCAGCGAUGAGUUGGCGACCUCGAGGUUAGAAGUGGGACAGUUGUCCACCCAACUAGCAGAAGAGAGGGCAGAGAACCAGGCGUGGAGGACCCGCAUGGAAGCCAAGGAGGCGGAGUGGGAGAAGAGGCUUCAGGACAUGGCGGCGAUGGUAGAGAGGCUCUCGGCCACUACGGUGGUCGACUGGACGGAGCAGAGCCGGUAUGGUAUUCAGGGGAAGGAGGUACAGGGGCUCUUUGGCCAGGAAGGAACGACGGAGACGCCACAACAGGAGGGAAUGGGGAAGGUAUUCCUGGACCCAACAGAGGCGGCAGCACGGCGGGAGACCGAGGAGGGGAGGUUCAGCUUCAGGACGCCCACAGAGUCGGCCUCGCAACAGGCCACCCCUAUGACGAUUGAGAUCCCUGAGGGCGAGCUGGCGCAGGGACCCCAACCUCCAGUAAAGGAAGGGGGCCCCAUAGAGGAGUCCCCUACGAUCCUUUUGGAGGUGCAGGAGGGUGCCCUUACGGGAGCAGCAGCAUCCACUGAGCCGGAGGCAAUGGGGGGAGAGGCGUCUCGACUGGAUGAGUUAGUGGCAGCUAUGGAGCUGGACAUGCCGUCAGGAGAGCCUCAGAGACAGGAGACCUCAGAGCGUCUGAAGUUCCUCCAUGAAAAAAUCGGUUUCCUGAAGGACAGCAUGCCGAGGAGUAGAGGGUGCGAGAGGGCGCUGUCUUGGACGAGCCAGAAACGAAGGCCGAGGGAGGGCACCGGUCAUCCAUCCUCGCCCCUUCAAAACAAAAGCUUGUUUCAUGCUGUAGCAUUGCAGGAUCACAUUGCACGAGGAUUACGCUUGAAAGAAAAUUCAUCCUUCAUUUCAAAUGUUCCUUUGAACAGUGAUGGAACACCCUCAAAUGCACAGCAAGCUGGCUCAAGCAACUCGCACUUGGCCUCAGCACCUCAGGUUGCCAAUGGCUGCUCUUAUCAGUCACCUGGGAGUGAGUUACCUGAGCAGCCCAAAAAAGAAGAAGAGAAGAAGAAAAAGAACUCAAACCUGGAGCCUGAAAAGACGCAAAGGCUGACUCUUGCUCAGCGAUAUGGUCUCGUGGAGCGUCCCCCACCUCCCCUCAGUGCAGAGGAAUGGAAAGAAAUGCACCAGAGGUCACGGGACCGGCAUGACAGCAUGGCUCCUUGUCCUAUUUGUCGGGAAGUCUUCAAAGAGGAGGAGCAGGUGCUUCUGAGUUGCUCUCAUGUCUUCCACAAGGCAUGCAUUCAGAGCUUUGAACGCUUUGCUCAACAGAAAUGUUGCCCCCUCUGCAGAGCAAUGCGGUACCAGAAACGCCGGAUCACUGAUGGGUUGAUUGCCUACAGGCAUGUGUGUGCUACAAGGAUUCAAGCCCUUUACAGAGCUUAUCGUGUGCGUAAAUGGUUCAAAAAGGUGUGUGAGAAAAUCCCUCCCAAAGAUCCCAAAGCCCGGCGAGAAUUUUUUGCAAGGAAGCUAGAAGCAGCCACCGACGGCCUUGUGACUCACAUAGCAAAUGAGCGAAAUGCAGUGGAUGAGCUCUUGUCACAAGUUGAUCGAUCUCUUGUUCUCAGCAGGAGAGUCUGUCAGGAUGCCAGUUUGGCAUUGAACAUCCUGCACAGCCAGCAGCAGACAAGCAGCCAAGACCCUGAGGGAAAUGGAGGCAGUGUUGUGGUGUGGCCCCUUUCCGACCAAGGCGCUGACAUAGACAAUUACGACAAUCAUAAUGAUGCUGAUAUUGAUAAUGAUGACAAUUACGGUGAUGAACAUCUCAGGCUUGUAGUUGGCCAAGGUUGGGUGUUGGGCUCCCAGCAAAUCAAUCAACUCUUUGACUCUUGCAAGCAGAUUGACUGGGACUCAGUCAUUGACAAAGCCCUGAGACGAGGAGACACAGAGUGCCCCAUCUGCAUUAGCCCUCUGCAUAGGAAGGAAGGGAAACCGAUCGCCUGGCUGAGCUGUAGCCAUGUCUUCCAUGUGGAGUGUAUUCAAGCUUUCGAGGACUUCAGCACUGCAGCAGCAUGUGGCUCAUCAUCUUCGAGGGAGUCUGCUCCCGGGGAUCUGCAUCAAGGACAGGCUGCCACAACCUCCGAGAGCACCAGAAGUCAAGAAGGGCAACUUGACAUGGUCGUAGAAGGACAGAAUGCCCAUCAUCAGUCUGUGGAGCAUUUGAGAGAUUCCAACCCAAGCCAUCAGUUUCAAGGGCAGCGCUCUGCACUGUCUGCAGGGCUCCAGUCUCCGCAUGUUAAUGGCAGCAUGCCACAAGCAAUUACUGCCAUUACCACAAGCACCUCUGCAACCCUCAACUCUGCGUCUAAUGGCAGAGCUGAAGAAGGGGUGGUAGGCACACCAAGGAAUACUGUGUGGUGUCCUGUCCGUGUUGUCCACAUUUGCCCGAUUUGUCGAGCUGGUUACCAGCGACUAACGCUGUGAUGUACUGGGGAUGCUGCUGCUGAUGAUGAUGAUGAUGAUGAUGAUGAUGAUGAUGAUGAUGAUGAUGAUGAGUAAGAGGGGGAGGAGAGGGAUGAAAGGGAGAAAAGGGAGGACAGGAGGGAGGAUGAUAACCGUGCAGCGAUGAUCACCGUGAUAAUGACGUUUUGGCAACGAUGACAACAGUCAUAAUGCAUUUUGUCCUACCAUCUUAACAUGUGACAUUUAAAUUUUGACUUAUUUGAGGUUCAGAAGAUUGGAGAGUAAGAAGAUGCGGAAGAGAGUGAGGUGAGAGAGGACAGGGAGGAGAGGAGGGAGGAUGAUAACAGCGGCAGUGAUGAUGACGGUAAUAAUGAUGUUUUGGCAAUGAUGACAUUGGUCAUAAUGCAUUGUUUCCUUCCAUCUUAACAUUUGACGUUUAAGUUUUGCCUUGUCAGAGGUUCAGAAUAUUAUAACAAUGUCCACGAGCAUUAGGCUACAAUGGUGUGAAGACUUGAGUCCCCAUGAGUCCUCUGUGUAUUCGUCCCUGAGCGAAAAUGACAGUAUUGAGGUCAAGUCAUGAUCACUAGAAUCAAAAUCGAAGGUUUGC